AUGGGGCAGGCAGUUAYAGCUACGUCAGCAGCCAAGGGGGUGCGCGACGAGAACCAGAGCGCCGGCUACGAGCAAAUGAAGCUGACGGCCCGGCAGGCCCCGCCGCAGCCCCGCGGCCAGAAGGACUUCGCCCCCGACGGCUCCGAGGAGCAGGCGGAGAAGCUGCGGCGCUGCCGCGAGGAGCAGUGGCGGCUGCUGGCCGAGGAGCGCGUGGAGCGGCCGCGCAAAGCGGCGAGGGGCGAGUGGCAGCCGGGCCGGGGCGUCGUGGAGCUGCAGACGCCCGCGGGCAAGUUCUGGCACACCAUGGGCUUCACGGAGCGGGGCAAGCAGUGCCUGCGGCCCGAGGAAGCGCUCUACCUGCUGGAGUGCGGCUAUGUCCAGCUCUCUUACAGAGACGUGCCCAUGUCCAUCCAGGAAGCCUAUGAGAUCCUGCUGGCCGACGAGGCAAUGAGCCUGCUGCACUACCAGGUAUUCAGCCACCUGAAGCAACUGGGUUAUAUUGUUCUGAGAUUCAACCCCAGCGCUGUCCUGUCUCCCUACGAGAGACAGCUGAACCUGGAGAGCCACUGCCAGGGCUCUGGGAAGCACCAGCGCAAGAGGAGGAGGAGUUCCAGCCCUCGGUCACAAGAGAAGAAGCCUAAGGUAUCCGAGGACCUUCCAGAAGCUGAAGGGACCUCCGAAAUGGCUGGUGAUGGCUGCAGAGAUUCGAGCUGCCUCCCCAUGGAUGAGACCCCUUCUUCAGAGCAGCCGAAGGAGUUGGAUGCUGGCAGUGGAGGGGGAGAGUCAGCCCUAGUCCCUCCUGAGACAGGACAAGGGAAGGAGGCUCCAAGCCCGUCCGGGAGUGGGGCUGYGGAGCACGGGAGGAGCAGCCCUGGCACCCGCGCGCCCCGCUGGGAUUUUGCCACCAUCAUGUUGCCCAACAUGGCCCCAGACGAGCUGUGCACGCGUCUCCCCUCGCCUGACAAGGAGCUGCUGCCCGAGAACGUGCCCGGGAGGGAGGUCGACGCUGCCUCCUGGUGCAGACGCAUCAAUCAGAAGCACGAGAAGCUCUCACGAAAGGAAAGGGAGCAGCUGGAGAGGGAGAGCAGGUACAAGAGCAGCGUCAACGCGGACAGGGAGGUGAGGGGCUGCUCCAACUGGCAGGAGUACAAAGCUCUCCUGGAGCAGAGGAGGCAGCASAAGGUUUGGAGGCGACCGCCGCAUCUCUGGGACCAAACUGUCACCCCGCUGCUGCGGCCGGAUGAAGCCACCUCCACAGCUGCCGUCCUCCAGCAGAUCAGCAUCCUGCAGCCCUCCCACAUCCUGGACGGAGCCUCCCGGCUGCAGGAGGACACGGAGAGCAUCACGAUAGACUUCAACGUGUAUCAAGCAGAUGCUGUGGCCAGGUUUAAGAAGACAAACCCUGGGAAGCCCUAUGUCAGGAUGUGUGUACGGAGCUUUGAUGAAGAUAUUCCGUCCCUCCGAGCUUUGAAGCAGGUCACGUAUCAGAGCGGGGAUGUCCCGGUGGUCUUUGCCCUGGUCGACUACGGAGAAAUUGCCUUUUAUUCGCUAAAGGAUUUCAAGCUGCCAGUUGAUAUUAAUCACUGAAGCUGCCGUCAAGUGCAGAAGGGAUGUGGGAUGAAGGGAAGAGAUUUAUUCAGGAUUUGCUUUCUUGAUUAAUGGAAUAUUGUGCAAAACGGAGCCUGUGAUAACCAACUUCUAUGCUUGGAGGUGGAUCCAAGCAAAGCAAUCUGACUGCAAUCGAGCAGUGUGGGCAGCCUGGUGGGGUGUUUCUGGCCUGCAAUCUGCACCGCUUGGUUCUGGAAGCCGCUGGUGCUCCAGCUUUCUGAUCUCAUGGACCGCUAGCUUUGACUAGUCCUGUCGUCUCUGUCCUGUGGACAACAGCCCUCCAUGGACACCUGUGCUAGGCCAGUCUGAGCAGUUGGAGGAUCAGUGAGGUCAGACGCGGCCGAAUAAGCUGAUCAGAUCAGUGGUGAUGCCCUGAGCCUCUGCUGUUCAGCUGCACCAACAGGCACCGGGUCAGAUCCUUUAUGAAAACAAAGUCAGCUGCAAAACUCAGCCCCAGGAAUCAACUUUCCGCGUAUUGACAGCAGGAAACUCUGGGCUUUAUGCUCUGUUUUGUCAACCAGAAAGCCCCAGAGUGUUGUGGCUGACGCCCCAGCCUCGUGCAGUGAUGCUGUCCUGAGAUGUUUUGGCCAUGCAGUGUUACAGCAUAUAAAAUAAUGCUGUAAUAUCAGCACACUGUGUCUGCUCUCACCAGGGCCGUGCUGCAGCUCUCUCUGGUUCCCCUGCCAACAUCCCCUUUCCAGGUGGUGGCUCCUUCCAACAUCCCUUUUUCAGGUGGUGGUUCCUUGUCUUUUCCUUUGCAAGUGAGAGAUCCUUCAAAAACAGAAGCUACAGUUGCCUUUCGAGCCAUCCAGUCCUGUGGCUGUCAUCGACAGGACAUCCCUAUGGUCGACAGGACCAUAAUGUGUCCUGUUAUUUCCAGGCCCUGCCUUGGGAGCCUCCUGCCAGGAUAUCCAGGUGCCGGAUCCGCUUUAGCCCCUAGGCAGACGGGGCAGUUGUGGCUGCUGCAGAGGCUGCUCCGUGGUGGGAGGUGCUGAGCAGCGCUGCGUUCGGGAUGUAGCUUCCUUCGGAAAUGUAGUGUUUUAUGUGCAUUAGUUUUGAUAAUCUUGGCAUUUCU